AUGGUUGUUAGUGGGGAUGAUUUAGAAGUAGCAAUACCAAUUCCGGAUGGGCGAUUACGAAUCAAUCCGGAUCCGGGACGACUUCGACAAUACUAUCCACAUUUUAAUAGUAUGAGUAUUGUUUGCGCACAGCAAGUAGAUGGUAGACUAAUUGAAACGGAUGUCAUAGUUAAUGUGGAUACGCUUGUCGAAGAUCCGGUUGAUGAAAAACCGGAAUGCUUAUUUAGCAUACACUUUUCUGAAAAUGAUAAACAGAAAUGUACAACAAAAUAUCAUUCUUUCCAAGAGCGUCGCCAAGAUGAUGCUGGUAAACUAGAUUAUCGUUACCGUAUUCGUGAUUAUCAACCGGUACCGACGAAUUUUCGUGCUAUCAUAAAACCGGAAUAUAAUAUUAAAAUUGAUAUCGGUUAUGAACAAUGGUCAUGUUGUACAGCAUGUUGUUGUACUAAGGAAAUUUGUCAUCGAGAAUUUGCUCUCGACAAAGAUGAAUGCAGAAAAUUGGAAAGUUAUCGUUCUCGCUUAGCUUAUAUGUCAUUUUUCAAGAUCGAUCCACUGAAAAAAGUAACAUUAUCAUUAAAUGUUUCGAUAGAUAAUAGUUACAUGGAAGAAGUAAUUAUGACAUUUGACAAAUACCUUAGCACUGAUCCAUACUUUAUCACCGGUAUUCCCAUUCAUUCUACAUUAAUGAUCACUGAUGCUUACUGGAGGAAAUUACGAAAACAUCUGAUUGAUGAAAUGUUGGGCAAAAAUGAUGCGAUACAAAAAAUGAAAGGUCGGCUGGGAUUAUUUGUCGAGUCAGAAAGUUGUGAUGAGUUAGAGCAAAAAUUGAAUUGUGAAAUUCUUGAAAAGUGUCGCCAAGAUGCGCAAAAGGUACGAAUUUAUAGUGGGAAAAUGCGUCCAUUGAAACUUUCGGAAACAUUAAAGAAUAAAUUUGAAGGAUGUAGUGCGGAAUUAAUUACUCAAGAAAUUAAUAUCAAUGCUCUUGAAAAUUAUGGAUCAUUAAAACUUGGAUAUAAUUACAUGAUAAAUAUUAAUGAAACAACUUUUGGACCAAUUAUCAAAGUAAUCUGGAAAUCAGGAUCUUAUCAGAUUCCUGAUUAUAACUAUCAGUUACCAUGCUCAUUACAACGUGUUGCCGUUGCAUCCAAUAAAAAAAGCUUAUUGAUCAUUGAAUUUACAUGA